GUUUGCUGGGGUUGAUUCGUCUCGAUUCAAGUUAACCUUCACAAAAGAAAUUUUCCUUUACAUUUAUUUAUAAUAUUAUUAAUAAAAAUAGAUUUUUUAAUUUCUAAAAAAUUAAGAUGUAUAAUUAUUAUAAAAUAGCGAUUGCUUCUGCAAUCUCUGGAGUUGUGCAGAAUCUCUUUAUGAUCCUCCGCUAUUUUCGAUCAAACUACAUCAAUCUUUAAGAAGUCAAAGACUUUUAUUCGAUGGAUUCUACAUUUAUCGAACGGUGCCGAAAUAUACGCGUACGAUUCCAUCAGCGAUGCUAUCGGCGUCUCGCGUAACCUUGCGUCGUGGCCAACACCCAGCGGCUUUAUCGACUUAUCUCAUCGCGCGUUUUUUGCCGCUAUUGUUACAUGUGAUGUUGCGAGGCGCUAGAAAGAGGCGAGUCGAGGAAGGGUUAGACGAAACGACGAGAGAGGACCAGUGUGCAAAGAUCGCGGGUUAAAUACCGGAACGAUGGAGGUCCUCCGACGCGCAUGCGUCAGUGACGUCAGUGACGGACAUAUGACCGACUUCAACAGACUCGUACUUACGACUACACUUUCUCCGUGGCAUACGAAAUGUUUACAUCUUUUCUUGCUAGAAUUUAGUUAUAAUGACAUGAUCUGUGGAAACAAAGUAUAUCAAACACUAUGGCGGCUAUGUGCCGUCAAUUUAUUGUACAAGCAGAAGCAAAUUUACAGAGAUAUCUUGUGGCGACUUUGACGUAACGUGUUUUUAUUAUUGUUUACUUUUUCCCGCGAGGGGCAUGUGAAGUAUUUACGCUACUGAGGUGUGUUCAUAUUCACGCUACCGCGCAUACGAGGUACGAUUUGCCCGCGAUCUUUUCGCGCUGGGCGAGAGACAAGGUCGGACGAGACUCGUCGAAACGAGACGAGACAGAGGCGAGGCGAUGCGAGGCAAGGCGAGGCGAGGCAAAGCGAGCGCAAAACGUUGUUCGACGAGACCAGACGGGACGAGACGAGGCGCGACGCGGCGCGGCUAACACGCGCGCUUCGUCAGAGUGGGAGGUCAGGUGCGGCGAGAUCCUUUCCUAUGACGUGAUACGAGGCCCCUGAACCUCAACUCUCUCAGUGUACCGGGUGUCCUCAAGCGAGGUGGUCGCGACGCUUGUUAACCUGCUCAGCCGCACAGUUCUGCGAAAACGACGGAAAAAAGCCAGAGAUCGGAUGCACGAAAUUGUUUCUGUGAACGGACGACGGCGAAGCGACGCGCUCCUUCCUCCAACGACGGCCGUGUUGGAUCACGCAAGAUUUUUGCCACCGACAAUACGCAGCGCGAGCUGCUGCCUGUGUGGAUUGGUGAAGUAGCACUUGCAACGCGUUGUCGAGGAUCACGAGAUGACAAUCAAAUUCGUACUCACAGAGGAAAAGUGCCGAAACUAACGUGGAUCUCUUGAACAAACAUAUCGAUGUGUUUUCAUAAAUUGAAGCCUCUUUAAACGUGCGCUCUGUGAUUUAUCACCGUUCCGAACGGAUGUGCGGUUUAUCGGAAGCGCUGAAUUUCGAGGGAAGUAAAAUUGCGAUGGCCUGCUGUGAAAAUGUUUAUUUAUUCGUCACAUGCGUUCACAUGACACAUGCAAGCCGAGCGCGAUAGUGCGUUUUAACAAUUCAUUGAAAAUUUACAAGCUGCAUCCACCUCAUCAGCUCAACAGGACAAGCGACCUGAAGGUGCGUGUAUGCUGAGUCCCGUGCAGUCGACGUUCCGUGAGUCGUUGAGGAUAGUCCCGAAGGUCCUUAUGGUAACCGGCGGACAAGGUGGAUAUCUCCCCAGCGAGAUCCAAGCGCUGAAGGGCUGGCGGCGUCGUUGGAUCCACUCGGCCAUCACCUAUAUCUAGAGGAAUAAUGGACAGCGGGAAUGAGAGUUCCCUGCAGGAGAUUAGGGAAGUGGAUCGCGGGGGCGGCCACCACAGGAACGGAAAUAACAACAACAACAAGCGAAACGGCAACAACAAUCAUUACGAUCGCUCGGCGUGGAGCCAGAACAACUUCCAGCCGCAGAAAGCGCCGUUAGUCGGCUGGCGAAACGGAAGUCCCACGAUAUGUCCGAGUUCCGUCCAGAAUAGUGCCUAUGCCGAGCUCGUCAAACUCGACCCAACGCACGAAGAGGAGCUGAUUGACGUGAUCACGCAGAUUGACAGCUCGGAACGGAGCGCAUCGAACAACAAUCGAGAAGCUUCGCAUGUUCACGAGAGUCAACCCGAGCUGGAAACCGAUAAGCCUUCAAAUGAACGAGCCUGGGAUUCUAUCGAUUCCAAGAGCCUUUACAAACAGGAGAACGACUGCUCUAUUGCGAAAGAGGAGAAAGAACGUAAGAAACCAAAAGUGCCGGACGGCGGCUGGGGCUGGAUGGUCGUGUUGGCGUCCUUGGUCAUUUCCAUGAUAGCUGAUGGCAUCUCCUUCAGCUUUGGCCUGCUUUACAUCGAAUUCCUCCACGAGUUCGGCGCCUCCAAGUCCAAGACCGCUUGGAUCGGCUCGCUCUUCAUGGCAGUGCCUCUCUUGUCGGGUCCAAUCAUGUCUGCCCUCGUGGACCGCUAUGGGUGUCGAAAGAUGACCAUUGCCGGUGGUUUGAUAUCAGGAUUGGGCUUUAUACUGAGUAGCUUCGCAAACAGCAUCGAAAUGAUGUACUUGACUUUUGGCGUGAUCGCCGGUCUUGGUUUAGGCUUAUGCUACGUCACCGCGGUCGUCAGUAUCGCCUAUUGGUUUGAUAAGAAGCGUACUUUGGCUGUGGGUCUUGGAGCCUGCGGCACUGGUAUCGGCACCUUCGUCUACGCCCCGAUGACCACGUACUUCAUCAAGGAGUACGGCUGGCGAGGUACCUGUCUGCUUCUGGCUGGCACAUUUUUCAACAUGAUCGUUGCUGGGGCCGUGAUGAAAGACCCGGAAUGGUGGAUACUGGAGCAACGCAAGCACGAUCAAACCGCGCCAAAGAGAUCCCACGGUAAAUCCGACGACACCAAGUCGGAAGUGAGUCCGUCAGACGAGUUCCCGGGUGUCGACGAGCUCCGGAAAUUGCUUAGAAGCGACCAUGUGCCCGAAUAUUUCGUCCAGAGCCUGAACACCACCACAGCGGCGGCCGUUGGCGGCACACAGGGAAAGACGUGCUUUAGAAGCGUAGUGAAUCUACCGACUUUCGUGAAGAGGAGCGAGAAGGUGCCUUUGGAAACAUUAGAGCUGUUACUGUCCAAUUCUAGACUCUAUACCGUCAUCUUGGAGAAUUAUCCCAGUCUUCUAUUGUGUAGAAGUUCGUCCGAUAAACAGUUGCACGACUCGACCGGGGAGAUACCUAAUAAAAGCGGUAUCACCAUGUCCAUGAGGCUUAAACGAGCGACAGAGUCACGAACGAUCACCGAGCAAACUAAAGACUCUCAUUCAUCGCCUGUUCAUGUCUCGAUAAAACCUAUCAGGAAGAUAACUAGGAAGGAGUCGGAGGAGAAUGAUCCCUUGGUGACAAAAGAAGUGAUGCAUACAGUCCUAACAGUGGAAAAACCAAAAUCCGCAUUGAAACGUAACGGCAUCGGGAAUGAUGCCGGCGUUAUCAGGACAGAUUCGUUGCCGUGGCUCAGACGACAAUUUAGUACCAACACUCAUUACUUCAAGGAUAUCAGAGUACAUAGGAAUUCCGUUAUGUAUCGCGGCGCCGUUCUGAACCUGCGAAAAUACAGGCUGAGAGCGAGCAGUUGUCCAGAUAUCUAUACAAACAGUAUGAUCACUUUGGCUAAGGAAAAUGAGCAGAAAUGGUACGAUGAGUUUGUGGAACUACUGAAGGGCAUGUUGGACUUCUCCAUGUUCGCCGAACUGCACUUCCUGCUGCUAUCGUUAUCGACGAUAUUGUUAUUCACCUGGUUUAUCAUACCGUACUUCUAUCUAGCAGAGCAUCUCACCAGAAACGGUUACGACGAGUCUGAUGGCGCUAAUCUCCUCAGUAUCAUCGGUAUAACUAAUACAAUUGGAAUGGUCGCGCUGGGUUGGGCCGGAGAUCAAUCGUGGAUGAACGUCAGCAAGACGUACACGUGGUGUCUGAUAGCUUGCGGUGUGGCGACUGUACUGAUGUCCUUGUUCACGUAUCACUACACAUUUCUAGUCGCUAGUUCGGCAGCUUUUGGCCUCUUCUUUGCCAGCAAUUUCAGCUUCACGCCUGUUAUACUGGUGCAGCUGAUUCCCUUGGAGAGAUUUACUACCGCUUACGGCCUGACUUUGCUGUGUCAAGGUAUCGGCAACCUUCUCGGACCUCCGUUGGCUGGAUGGCUCUUCGACGUGACCGGCUCAUGGAAUCUGUCUUUUUUCAUGGCUGGCGGCUGGAUAAUUUUUUCCGGAAUUUUAAUUGGCAUUGUACCGUACACGAAAAAUCAAAAAAUUUGCGGCAACGGACCGGUCGAGAUGGAGCGAACGAACGGUAGUGAUAGUUUGGCCUAAAACCAAAUAUAUUUACUACGUUUAAAUGCGCAAGCACUAUUGCUUAAAUGCUGGCACAAAACGGAUAUUUAUUCAGGCAAAUUUUUACUUAACCUAUGAAUCUCAUGAUCAUAUAGAAUGCAAACAAUGAUGCAUAUAAAAUAUACAUAUAGAAUUCCCUAUAUAAUGAAAUUUUGGACAUUUCUACAUAAUGUGUCUUUCUGCAUACAAUAUACUUUUAAUGAUAUUUUCCUCGUACUUAAAUCUCAUUCACGGUUCAUAUGUUGGAUAGUUCUAUUAAUCAUACAAAAAAUGAAACAUUUAAGACAUAUAGGAUUGCAUAAAUUUUACAUACAAAUAUUUUGUAUAUUUUAAUUACGAUUUUUACAUGUCAACCUCGUAUAUCAAAUCUAAAUUUGUGAUGUAAAUAUUGAAUAAUAGUAUUUCACAUUGACUAUCUCAUUUUACAAAUUUGGGAUUAAUUCUAAUUGAAUAAAAAAACUAUAGAAGCAUUAUUUCUAAUAACGAACAAAUAAAGAGUUACUAAUGACAUAGGCUCUUAUUAUAAAGCAGGAUUUAAAGAGACACAGGAAGAGAGAAAGAGAGAAAACAGAAAAAUAUAUUUUCUAAUUGAAAAGAAUGUACGGAAAAAUUUAUUUUCACGUGGAAUAAUGUAAAACGCUUAAAUACACUGGCACCUUUUAACUUAACAAAAAUGAUAUCGACGAAUUGUAAUGAUAUUCGUUUUCUAUACAACUAACCCAAAGCAGCACACGAUAUCCCAUGGGCGUUCUGUGGAUGUCUUUAGGACAUUCGGACGUCCGAGGAGAUUUGUGCUGUCUGGGUAAGCGUCAAAGGCACAAGUGUGUUUAUUGUUCCGCGUGUUGUCCGUCGCACAAAAGGUUUUUUACAACUUUCUAAACGAAACAGCUUUUGUUGUUGACAUUGUUAAUCUAAAGAUUAGAUGAGUAGCUAACUAAUAAACGGUUUACAGGAAU